GCUGCCCAGGAUUUCAUUGAUGCCUAUUACCCGGCUUUGAACAAUCCCAAAGCCCGGUCAAGCAUUGCAGACUUCUAUGUCAAACCAAUUCCAGGAUCACCUCUCAAAGCAGAUAUCGUUCUGAACGGCACUGCUUACUCGGAUCCCAAAGAAGUGCAAAAGCUCUUCGAAACCGAUGUCGCGGCUGCACACUACGAAGUACAAGCCUUCGAUUUUCAAACUGUCAACUCAAAUUUCAAUGUCGGAGCCAGCGAAGCUGCUUUAGCACCAGACAUGGACGGAAAGAAGAUUAGCGUUGUGGUUAUGGUCAGUGGCAUAAUCAGAUAUGGGGAAGCAGGAGAUGUUCGUGGUUUUACAGACAAUGUUGUCUUGGUACCGAACUGGGAUUCCCAUAGUCCGAAAGCACCCAAAGGAUUGAAGAGAUGGUUGGUACAAGCUCAGACUUUUAGAUUAGUCUUUUGA